CACACUUAUCUAGUAGCUUAUUAGUUAAUAAACACUAAACUUUAUUUAUGUAUAUGAAAAAAAAAAAAAACAGCACGAGCACAAAGUUAUUUUUAAUUUUGAUUUUGAAUAAUAUAAAUAUAAAUUCGGAAAUGCCAGGCUGAGAGGUUCAGAGCUAAGCUCCAAUAACUCUCUCCUCCACUCUUUCUCUCUCUAGAUUUUUGUCACUCUGCUAGCUGAAGCAAAUCUCACACAUUUUACGAGAAACCUAAAACUUGGACGGAAGAGAUCGUCGGGAGUAGCAGAAGCUCAAGUGGUUCAUUCUCGAGCUCUAUUCUCCGGCGAUGUGUAACUCACGCGCUCUAGUUUCACUUACUCUUUUUUUUAGCUUGGUUGUAGCUUCGGUCUCUGCUCAGGGAUCUGGUUCCAAAAGUCCAUGGCAAACACUUAGCGGGAAAUCACCUCUGGUCAUAGCCCGUGGCGGGUUUUCUGGGAUAUUUCCUGAUUCCAGCUAUGCUGCUUACAGUUUAGCAUUGAUUACUAGCUUACCUGAUGCCGUCUUAUGGUGUGAUGUGCAACUCACAAAAGAUGCUGCUGGAAUUUGUGCUUCAGAUGUCAAAUUAGACAAUAGUACUGAUAUUUCAGAUGGCUUCAAUAAGAGGGAUAAAGAAUAUGUCAUUGAUGGGAAGCCUACCAGAGGAUGGUUUUCGGUGGACUUCACUCUCAAAGAGCUAGCAAAUGUCUACAUCCGUCAAGGAGUCUAUUCUCGCACCAAUAAGUUCGAUGGAAAUUUAUUUUCAAUUCUCACAGUUGAUGAGAUGGCUAAACAAUUGAAACCACGAGGCUUAUGGCUGAAUAUUCAGCACGAUGCAUUCUUCACGCAACAUAAUUUAAGUAUGAGAAACUAUGUACUCUCUUUAUCUAAAGGAGUAUACAUCAAUUAUAUCUCAUCGCCAGAGGUGGGUUUCCUGAAGAGUAUUGAAGCAAGACUCAAUACAAAGGUCACAAAGCUGGUAUUUCGGUUUCUAGGAAAAGAUGAGAUUGAGCCUUCAAUGAACCAGACCUAUGGUUCUCUCUUGAAGGAUCUUACAAAAAUCAAGACAUUUGCCUCUGGAAUUAUGGUCCCUAAAGAUUACAUAUGGCCCAUGGAUGCAAAAUCUUAUUUGGAACCACAUACUUCUAUUGUCUUGGAUGCUCACAAAGCAGGGUUGGAAAUAUAUGCAUCAGAGUUUGUGAAUGACUUUCCUCUAAGCUACAACUAUAGUUAUGAUCCAGUAGCUGAGUACCUGAACUUCAUUGACAAUGGCGAAUUCAGUGUUGAUGGUGUGCUAACUGAUUUUCCAAUUACUCCAUCGGCAGCCAUAGAUUGCUUUGCUCACAUAGGCAAAAAUGCCAAAGAACAAGAAAAGCCUUUGGUUAUCUCAAAAUGUGGGGCCAGUGGAGACUAUCCUGGUUGUACUGACAAGGCUUAUUCCAAGGCAAUUGAUGAUGGUGCAGAUGUGAUUGAUUGUCCAGUCCAGAUGUCAAAGGAUGGGAUACCAUUUUGCUUAAGCACUAUAAAUUUAAUAGAUAGCACAGAUGCGGCUCAAUCUGAUUUCAGCAACCGUAUAAUAAGCAUUCCACAGAUUAUGGCUAGCACUGGAAUAUUUGCAUUCAACAUGACAUGGGAUGAAAUUCAAACAUUAAAACCUGUUAUAUCAAGCCCCUAUUCAUCGUACACACUUUUCCGGAAUCCAAGAAGCAUGAAUGAUGGAAAAUUAAUGUCAUUGUCUGAUUUUCUAGACUUGACAAAGAAAUCAAGCUCUCUUACUGGCAUCUUGAUCAGCAUAGACCAUGCGGCCUAUCUUGCAGAAGAGCAGGGCUUAAGUGUGACUGAUGCAGUGACUAAAGCCCUGAGCAAAGCUGGCUUCAACAAUCAAACAGCUUUAAAGGUUAUGAUUCAGUCUACUAAUAGUUCUGUUCUAACAAAGUUUCAAGGGAACAAGAAUUAUGAACUUGUAUACAAGAUUGAAGAGGAAAUCCGAAGUCUUGAUGAUGAUUCCUUGAAGGACAUCAAGACAUUUGCUCACUCGGUGGUUGUUAAGAAGGCCUCUGUAUUCCCAGAUAAUUUGUUAUUUUUGACUGGUUCUACAGAUGUUGUGAGUAAGCUUCAGAUUACAAAAAUUCCUGUUUACGUUGAAACCUUCAGCAAUGAGUUUGUAUCUCAAGCAUGGGACUUCUUUUCUGAUGCAACUGUCGAAAUAAAUUCCUAUGUCACGGGAGCCAAUGUUGAUGGUGUAAUCACCGACUUUCCUAAAACAGCUGCUAGAUACAAAAGAAACCGAUGUUUGGGUCUAAAGGAAACACCUGCUUACAUGAGCCCCGUUGAGCCUGGCAGUCUUAUGGAACUCAUCACUGCUCCUUAUAUGCCACCAUCUGAGGCACCAAACCCAGUCUUGACAUUGGAUGAUGUGUCAGAGCCGCCGUUGCCUCCUGUCUCACCAACCAGUUCAAUUUCUGCACCGAACUCUACAGCAGCGGCACCAGUAUCUCGCAAUGCACAGCCUAAAAUUGCUCCAGGGUCAUAUCUGUUGAGCUUAGCUAUGCUCCUUUCUGCUCUUCUGUUCUGAAGCCAUAUUGGUCCAUAGCUUUGAACUCUCUUUCAGCACAUGUAUUUCCCAUAGCAUUUCCUUGCUAAAUGCUUGGAUUGGAGAUUUUGGCUGCUAGAAAAUAUGGCUGAUCCAUUCUUUUUGUCUCCUCUUUCCCCUCUCUUACUGAAUGUUGGUGAUUUCCCCUGUUGAUGUUGUAGUUAUGUUCAUUCUUCUUCCAAAUGUAAUUUUAGGGAUACAAACUAUUUGAGAGAUACAUGUGAGAUUGAAUAUUUUAGUUAGCAUUUUCUUCCUUUUCAAUUGUUUCAAGACAUGUUUAUAAGUAUUCUUUAGCGUGUAAUAUAAGGUGAAUAUUGAGUCCUAAACAUGAAGCAUUUUACAUCUUCA